CCAAUAGGGAGCGGUGUUACAUGCAGGGCUCCUCCUCCCCAGGGUGCCCAGUGCAAGGUGAGCCCAGUCAGCCACAUCCUGCUAGAACAUGCUACAUGUGAGGAGAAUCCUGAGCCAGUCCUGUGCUGGACUUCGAUGGCAUCAUUGCGCGGUGGCCGAGGUAAAGAAUGAGCCCAUCCUGGAAUUCAAGCACGGCAGCCCGGAGAGAGCAGCUCUGCAGCAAGCCCUACAAGAACUCAAGGACAAGACAGAGGAAAUCCCGUGCGUGGUCGGAGGAGAAGCGGUGUGGACCAAAGAUGUCCGAUACCAGGUUUCGCCUUUUAAACAUUCGCACAAAGUGGCCAAAUACUGUUACGCAGACAAGGAACUCCUCAACAAAGCCAUCAAUGCUGCUUUGUCAGCCCGUAAGGAAUGGGACCUAAAACCAGCUGAGGACCGCGCACAAGUUUUCUUUAAAGCAGCAGAUCUUCUUAGCGGCCCCAGAAGAGCGGAAGUUCUGGCCAAGACCAUGAUUGGACAGGGGAAAACUGCUAUUCAAGCCGAGAUAGACGCAGCUGCUGAGCUCAUCGACUUUUUCCGGUUCAAUGCCAAGUACGCCUUGCAACUGCAGCACGAACAGCCUAUUAGCGUGCCCAUCAGUACCAACACAAUGGUGUACCGGGGCCUGGAGGGAUUCAUUGCUGCUGUGUCUCCGUUCAACUUUACUGCCAUUGGGGGAAACUUGGCGGGGGCUCCGGCUUUAAUGGGUAACGUGGUCCUGUGGAAGCCUAGCGAUACGGCCAUACUUGCCAGUUACGCGAUGUACAACGUCCUCCGUGAAGCGGGCCUACCCCCCAACAUUAUACAGUUUGUUCCAGCAGACGGCCCGGUCUUCGGAGAUACCGUCACCGGCUCAGAACACCUCAGCGGGAUUAAUUUCACGGGAAGCGUGCCAACCUUUAGGAGGCUGUGGAAACAGGUAGGAGAGAACUUGGACCGAUACAGGACCUUCCCACGCCUGGCUGGAGAAUGCGGUGGGAAAAACUUCCAUUUUGUGCACAAGUCUGCCGACCCCGAGAGCGCCGUGAACGGCGCCAUCCGAUCGGCUUUCGAAUACAGCGGUCAGAAAUGCUCGGCCUGCUCCAGGCUCUACGCUCCAGACUCUCUGUGGCCCCAGAUCAAAGCCAUGCUGCUGGAGGAACACGCCAAGAUCAAAGUGGGAAAUCCCGCCGAUGACUUCAGCACCUUCACCUCGGCCGUUAUUGAUGAAAAGUCAUUCAGACGGAUACAAGGCUGGAUCAAACACGCCAGAGAGUCUCCCAACCUCACCAUUCUUGCUGGGGGAAACUGCGAUGACAAAGUUGGAUACUUUGUAGAACCCACAAUCAUCGAGAGCAAAGAUCCCAAGGAGAAAAUAAUGUCGGAGGAAAUCUUCGGACCUGUGUUGGCGGUUUACGUUUAUCCAGAAAACCAAUAUAAAGACGUCCUGCAGCUGAUAGACUGCACUUCCCCAUACGGCCUCACAGGGGCAGUGUUUGCCCAGGAUAAAAAUGUUGUACAUGAAGCUACAGAGGUUCUGAGGAACGCUGCCGGAAACUUCUACAUCAACGAUAAAUCCACCGGGGCUGUUGUGGCCCAGCAGCCCUUCGGAGGGGCCCGAGCGUCAGGUACGAAUGACAAACCUGGAGGUCCGCAUUACAUACUCCGCUGGACCUCCACACAAGUCAUUAAGGAAACCCACGUUCCUCUGACGGAAUGGAAAUACCCAUACAUGCAGUGAGAUCCCUUCAUACAUGGGGGAAGGGCCCCAUGAUCGUGUGUGACGUUACGAGGGGCCCAAACUCUCCAUUUGUUUUUAAACCGCUACAUGAAAAGGAACAAUUCACUUGCGAGACUACUAAUUCAGCCGACAGAACCAGGACAAUGCUGG